GUCACAGCUCCGGGGGCGGAGCUAACGUAUUCCCCGGACCCUCCUUCCGAGACUCCGCUUCUGGUUUUUAUAGGAUUUGGUUAGCUUCCGCAAGUGCCGUAAACUAGCAGUUCGGGGAAACAAGAGACGGCAAACGCGUCCGCCACGCCGUUAGGGCGAACUGUUCCGAAGAAUCUUCGGAUUCUCGGAAAAACUAAAAACAACAACAACCACCCCACACAAUCUGACGCGUCACUAGCGUAAAUCAGUGAGAGGGUUCCCGCUCUUUCGUGUUACGUAGAUGACGCCGAGAAGAAAAGGAACCGUCCAAGAAAACUCUCGGGAGCCCCCUUGCGCAGGGCUAUAACACUGCAUUGCCUGUUUCUGAUGAAGAUCUAAGUUAUAAUUAAAUUCCUGAAGAACAGUUGAAGUUCCUAUUGACUGCAAUGGGGGUGUUCCAGCCUCUGAUCGUUGAGUUGCGGGAAUAUUUAAAUAUGAAUCGGUUAAAGCAGUGGAGCUUUAUGUGAGACAUGGAUAGAUGCAAACAUGUUGGGCGGCUACGACUUGCCCAGGACCAUUCUAUUCUGAACCCCCAGAAGUGGCACUGCAUGGACUGCAACACCACGGAAUCUGUUUGGGCCUGCCUGAAAUGCUCCCAUGUGGCUUGUGGAAGAUAUAUUGAGGACCAUGCGCUUAAACAUUUCGAAGAGACCGGGCAUCCUUUGGCUAUGGAAGUUAACGACCUGUACGUGUUUUGUUACCUUUGCGAAGACUAUGUGUUGAAUGAUAAUCCCGAGGGUGACCUGAAAUUGCUUAGAAGUUCUCUAUCUGCAAUUAAAAGCCAGAAGCAUGACCCGUCUGCUAAAAGUGGUAGGACGCUACGGUCAAUGGCUUUGGGGGAGGAUGUUUGCAGUCAUCAAAGGGCCCCUCAGGGAAAGCCUCAGAUGCUUACAGCUCUCUGGUACAGACGGCAGUCAUUGCUAGCAAAAGCACUACGGACCUGGUUUGAUAAGAGUUCUAGAGGCCAGCGAAAACUAGAACAAAAGAAACAAUUGGAAGAACUGGAGAGGAAGAAGGAAGUGGCCAGGCAGAGGCGUCAAGAAAUGAAGCGGAGAUUGCUGGAGGAAUUGGCAAACACGCCUCCAAGAAAAAGUGCCCGGCUUUUGUCGCACAUCCGCAGAGAGAAUCUCAUUCCUCGGAAAUUCAGAGAUAUGGAAGCAAGUUCCCCUACCUCAAGACGAGUGCAGAAUAGCAAAUUCAAACAAUUCUAUUCCAUCCGGCGUAAGCCUCAAAUGACUCCUGGCGUGACUGGACUAAAGAAUCUAGGAAACACAUGCUAUAUGAACUCAAUCCUUCAAGUUUUAAGUCACCUCCAAAAGUUUAGAGAAUGUUUCUUGACGCUGGAUCUUUGUGAAACUGAAGAACUCUUAGCUAAGACCGUGAAUGGAAAGUCUAGAAUGUCUGGAAAGCUGGUCAAUGGGCCUGCUCCAACCGAGUCAGGGAGGAAUGAUCAACUGGGCUCAUAUGGCAGGCAGAGCCUGCCAGCUGGCUUAAAUGGCGGGUCCUCAAUAAGCAAAAGUUUAGAACUUACACAGCCCAAGGAGCCAAGUUCAAAGCACAUCUCUCUCUGUCACGAACUGCACACGCUCUUCAGAGUCAUGUGGUCUGGGAAGUGGGCCUCGGUCUCUCCUUUUGCCAUGCUGCACUCUGUGUGGAGUUUGAUUCCAGCGUUUCGAGGUUAUGACCAGCAAGAUGCUCAGGAAUUUCUUUGUGAAUUGUUGGACAAAGUGCAGCAGGAGUUGGAAUCUGAAGGAACAAAACGCAGGAUCCUUAUCCCUUUUUCACAGAGGAAGCUCACCAAGCAGGUCCUGAAGGUGGUGAACACCAUCUUUCAUGGGCAGCUGCUCAGUCAGGUCACCUGUAUAACAUGUAACUAUAAAUCUAAUACUGUGGAACCUUUCUGGGAUCUUUCCCUGGAAUUUCCUGAACGGUAUCACUCCAUCAACAAAGGGAUUGUGCCUGUUAAUCAGACGGAGUGCAUGCUGACUGAAAUGUUGGCCAAAUUCACAGAAACAGAAGCUUUGGAAGGGAGGAUUUAUGCAUGUGACCAGUGCAACAGCAAACGGCGGAAAUCUUCUCCCAAACCUCUUAUUCUAAGUGAAGCUAAAAAGCAGUUAAUGAUCUACAGACUACCUCAGGUCCUCCGGCUGCACCUUAAACGAUUCAGGUGGUCUGGGCGUAAUCACCGUGAGAAGAUUGGGGUCCAUGUCCUCUUUGACCAGGUAUUAAACAUGGAACCUUACUGCUGCAGGGACACUCUCUCUUCUCUUGACAAAGAGACCUUUGUCUAUGACCUCUCGGCUGUGGUGAUGCAUCACGGGAAAGGGUUUGGCUCAGGACAUUACACGGCAUUUUGCUACAACACAGAGGGAGGGUUUUGGGUCCACUGCAAUGACUCCAAGCUGAAUGUAUGUAGUGUGGAGGAGGUAUGCAAAACCCAGGCCUACAUUCUUUUUUAUACUCAAAGAACCGUGCAGGGCAAAGCAAGUAUCUCAGAAACACAACUUCAAGCUCAGGUGCCGUCCAAACACAAUGAUAAAGAUAGAAGACUGACACUCCCCUGAAAGGAAGCAUCAACUGGCUUAUUUUUAUUUUAUUUUUUUAAAAGCCUUUUGGAGUUCACUCAUCUUGGCGGGAACAAAUACUGCUGCAGGAAUUAUUUGGAUCCACAGUCUGGAAAAGUGGGCCUCCUACUAUGUGCAACUGUUCUAUGAGAUUGUAGCAGAACAUCUAUUUUUUUUAAGGACAGAUGUAUUUGUAAAACCCUUCCUCCUCUAAACAAAACAAAGAGUAACAGCCUCCAAUGUCUAGGACUAUUUAUCUUCUUUCAAAGAGAAAUCAUUAUGGUAUGGAAAAGUAGGUGCAUUCAAAUUUCUGUGUACAACCAGGAUAUAAAGCCAUCAAAUUGACCAUAAAUAUAACAAUUCCUCCAGAAAAAGAAUGAAUCA